AUGAAGACACCUGAAGGAAUACAGAGGCCAAGUGGAUAUGGAGUAAACAUGAAGGUAUAUAGACCAAGAUGUACUCCAAGUGGAUAUGGAGUAAACAUGAAGGUAUAUAGACCAAGAUGUACUCCAAGUGGAUAUGGAGUAAACAUGAAUGUAUAUAGACCAAGAUGUACUCCAAGUGGAUAUGGAGUGAACAUGAAUGUAUAUAGACCAAGAUGUACUCCAAGUGGAUAUGGAGUAAACAUGAAAGUAUAUAGACCAGGAUGUACUCCAAGUGGAUAUGGAGUAAACAUGAAGGUAUGUAGACCAAGAUGUACUCCAAGUGGAUAUGGAGUAAACAGAAAGGUAUAUAGACCAAUAUGUACUCCAAGUGGAUAUGGAGUAAACAUGAAGGCAUAUAGACCAAUAUGUACUCCAAGUGGAUAUGGAGUAAACAUGAAGGUAUAUAGACCAAGAUGUACUCCAAGUGGAUAUGGAGUAAACAUGAAG